UAAAACUGCAAAUAUAAUGGAGAAAAGACGCAGAAAUAUGUCUCAAAUAAAAAAGGAUCUUAACCUGCUUGAUCAAGCCUACAAAGUUACCCAGAAGUUUGAUAGAAUUAGUGAAAUUCAUCCUAAUAAUGACCCACGACUUGCUCUUAACAUUGAAAUUAAAUAAGUGCAGACCUAAUAACGGCCGAAAUCUCUCGAUGAUAGACAAUCAAAUGACCGAUGGCUCUAUUGCACUCACACAGAAGAAAAGAAUAACUGAAAGAAAUAAUUAAAUCCUUGUAUUGAAAUGAUAAGCGACAUAAUUGGAUGUCUCUAAACCAGAAUGAGACAGAUCUUACUUCAAAGAAUGAACCUUCAGCAGUUGAAAAUCUUAUGGAAAGCCUUGAUGGACGACAGGGUCAGACACCAGUCGCUUCAGAUUAUCAUAAACAUACAUUCAAGCACCUAGAAACAAACUCAGAGUCUGUAGAUACUCCGUCCUUCCAGUGUAAUGAAAAGGCAGAUGGAUUCUCUGAGAAGCUGACUGAAGAUUAUUUACGCCGGAUAGCACUGUUGGAACAGGAAAAUUUGGCUUUAAAGAAAGCAAAUUUAGAAAUACAACAUCUAUAUGAGAACAGCCUUGAAGAGCUUGAUUGGUACUACCAGAGAUAUGGACGAAAGGACCUAAAGCAAACAGCGAAACAACAAAAUCAGCAAGAGCAAAUAUAUGAAGAGAGUGUGUUAAAAGAGGAAUUAUACAAAGCCCCGACUGUUCUAAAUGAGGCAUCUCACAACGCACCUAAGACCUCUCGGAACUUAAGUUUGACUAAUGCUGGAGGGAUCCAUCGGCAGAUAAAUACCUUACAGGCCAGAAUAGCUCAGGCUACGGAUCGGCUGAAGCAGAAACACAAAUUCAGAGGUCAUUGCUAUAACGAAAGUGCCCCAACAAUGAAAGAUUUUGAAGAUAAGAUCAAAACCACCGGGAAAGAGAAUCACAAUGGAAAGCAUAAGAAUGGUAAAAUAGUAUCGAGAAGCCAUGCGAGGAGGAGUCAUAGAGACCCAAACACUUCUUCCUCUUCUCCAAGCUUGAUUUCUAAGCUUAUCAAAAGCAAGGGGAAAAAGAAGAGGAAUUAUAAGAAAAUUCCUACUGAGAAUUAUUAUAAGUCGAACAAGCCUGUGAAGAUGAGUGAAGUUCUUGCUCCUACGAAGAACUUUAAGGAGUACAAUACUAAUUUCGGAUAAUUAUUUUCAAUAUGA